CUGUACCCAAGUAUGGCUGGUCGAAGGAGAUGAACGGUGAGUUUGACUAUCUGAAAGGAAGCAAACCAGUUGCGCUCAGACCUACCCCGACUCAGAUUGCAAGUCUUCUGGGCUUAGCGUAUAGGUUUUGGAGAUACACAAGUUCUGUGAAAAGGAAAGGUCGCGUGCCCUUCAUGGAUCCAAUGAACCCACAGGAACUAGAUCCAUAUAAAGGAGUGCCCAUGGGAGGUAUUGGGGGCGGAACCGUCUGCCGCAGCUGGAAAGGCCACUUUAACCGGUGGAAUCUUGUGCCUGGCAUAUACUCGUACGAAACUGUAUGGGCUGAUCAGUUCAUUGUGCGGAUCCAACGGCCUGACCAGUCGGUGUAUCAAGUGGUUCUAUGCGCCUCCUCUCCUAAAGCAAGCUACCAGCACCUGUCGGAGUGGAAUUGGGAGUACACGGGCGAGGGUGGAACCUACCAUGCCGUAAGUAGUAGGGAAUUCUAA